UGAGGGAAUACGGGAUGAGUACAACAGACCUCUUUAAUGCUUAAAAGUAGGAUUUUUCUGCCAUGAACAGGUACCCAAACUGCUCUGCUAACCACACUCAAAUUUGGAGUCAUUAUUUAGUACUUGCACUGGGCAUCCCUCAAGUGACCAUUAACAUAGCAUCCGUGAUCUUCAACUGCACAGUCAUCUUCACCAGGAUUGCAACGAAGGAUCUGCACAAGCCUAUCUCUAUACUCUUCUGUAAUUUGGCCUUUUCUGAUCUCUUCACCAGCUUUUCUGGCUUUUGGAUUUCAAUGCUGUUCAUCACCAAUCCUGACAUUACAAUCUUUGGAUCCAAGGAUAUGCUUGCACCUUAUGCGUUUUACACCAUCUCUAUUUUAUCCACCAUCUAUAACUUGGUAAGCAUUGGAAUUGAACGCUACCUGGCUGUGGCUGAAAGCAUGAGGACAAGGUUCAGGGUUGCUAGAAACCAUUCCAUAGCUGCAGUCUUCAUUAACUGGGUCCUGGCUUUCUUUUUGGGCUGCUUGCCACUGAUGGGGUGGAACUGCUUGAGUAUGGGAAAAAAUAUCUCUGUCCUCUACAGUCCUUUUUGCAUCGACUACCUCAUCUUCAUCGCCAUUCCCAAUGUUGUGGUGGCUGUUCUUAUACCUCUGUUCACGUACCUUAGAAUCAUUAUCAUCUUGAGGAAAAGAAAGCUGAGAAUGAAAGCAUGUGGACAAGCUGCUGGCACCUACAAAUCUGCUGAAAUCCAGGUUGCCAGAACGAGUAUUUUUAUUUGGCUCCUGGCAUUGAUCUCCUAUGCUCCUGUAUUCGCAGCAGUCAUAUUUGAUGCAACUAACAAGCAGUGCCACACUGAUCUCUACCCAGGAGUCUAUAUCUUCCGAAACUGCACGGCUAUGCUGAUAACCAUGAACUGUUUGGGAAACCCCAUCAUAUAUAGCCUGAAAGCCAAAACUCUGAGGGCGAAGCUCAAGGCUCUGAAAUGCCUCUUCACUGCCCGUAUCCGAGCCUGCACUCUUGAUAACAUUUAGCUGGGACUGGCCUUGGUCCAUCACUGCCUUUGGUCCAGGACUGCUGAUGUGCCUGGCUGGUGUAGUCAGGGACCUGAAAUCACAGCGAUCCCUGCCCAUGCCCAGGCACUGCAGCAGCUCUGGGUGCCACAUGGUCUCUGUGGUAGGACCACUGGAGCUCCAUGGCUUCUCACAGCAGCACCCACUACCUUUGGGAGGGAGAGGAUGGGCUGCAGCAUGGCGCUGGGCACCGCGGUGGCUUGCAGCAACCCCUUGUGAAGUGCUGCAUGGAGCGUUCCCACUUGCCUUGCUGCAGAGUGGAGCAAGAGAACUCCUUCACUCAGAUAAAAAUAACUCCAUUAGCCAUAUUUACUUUGUGUUUGGAAAUAGGCUUCUGCUGGGCUUGCUUUGCUGCUGAGAUUCACAUCCCUUGGUGUUCUUCGUAUGGUUUUGAAGAUGGCUAAAAGAUUUGCAGCAAUCUGGAGGAAAAUGUAAUUUACUCUCCCACAGCCGGUCCACUUGUGUCUUUGGAUAUUUGAUGGAGCUCUUUCUUAAUCGGUGCACUCAGCACUGUUUCACUCUUUUAAUUUUAACUGCAGUAUGUAGCUGGAGUACAUGGUUUUAUGGGACAUUUGUGACUACGCUUUUCUUCUGUAAAAGCAAGUAGUGACAGGACAAGGGGGAAUGGCUUUAAACUAACAGAGGGGAGAUUGA